AUGAAAGGCCCACGAUUUCCUCCCGAGUUGUGCGAUAGGUUCAUCGAUUUUCUGCACGAUGACCGUAAGGCUCUCAAAGAAUGCAGUCUAGUCUGCAGAGCCUGGAUUCCAGCAAGUAGAUUCCAUCUUUUCGAACGCAGUGAUGUCACGGUCAUAUGA